CCUCGUUCUCCAUGGCAAUCGACUCCGCUUGGUCGAAUUACAUACAAAGGACACCACUCUCGAGGUCAUCAGACCUAAUCUCGUUCUAGGACGGCCGUCCCGACUUGGGCCUGGCCGUGGCUCGUGGCAGCCACAUGCAGGUAGACCGCACAAUCGAAAUCCGAGGGGAAGAGAGGGUAGUGAGACAGCAACGCAAGGAGCACAUCCGCGGGAUACUGCUAAUCAGCCAGCUCUUGAGAAAGGGUACCACCGAGGCAGCUGGAAAACCCGUGCAAUCUGUGGUUGCUGAUGAAGUUGAGCUCUCGAAAAGGGUAGAGAGCAUGUUGAAGGCAUCCGAGAGAGAGCAUCGAAACGCGGGAAACGACAGCCUGCUGCUGGUGCUGCCGCUUGAUCUGCUGCGGGGAAGAAGGCGAAGCGCAAGGGGGCGGACGCAGCUCUCUCCGACCCUCUAGCAUUGGCUCAUGAUGGCGGGACUAGAAGCGGUUGCGGAGGAGCGUCGCUCUAGCGCGAUGGAUUUGAUGCAGAACGACCCCGUGUUGAUGGAGCGAGGACGGGCCAUGCUGGAUGCUGGCGCGGCAGAGCAGGCAGCAGCUAAGGUGGCUGCGAUCGACGCGGCCAACACUCGUGCACUCCGCGCGUCGUUGCAAGCGCUGAAGCAGCACUGCAACAGCUCGAUAGGGUGGACCACUUACCAGACAGCGCUCGCUGUAGCAGCCGGAGCGGGAGAGCACACGUGUACUUACACGGAUGUGUGCCACCCCGGCCAGCGGUGCAAGCCCGUUGAGUUUGGUGGAGUGAACCUUGCCGAGCGAGCCAACAGUCUCGGCAUUUGGCACGAGACUUUUAGCGACGCACGGCGGCGGAUGCACAACACGAACCACGACAUCGCCCCCAAGAUCGCUGCGAGUGAGGGAUGCUACGUGUUCAACGAGCGCAAGACACGGAGUGACGUGACGAAUCCCGGGAAUAGAGGAGGAGCAGGGGGAGGUGCAGGAUACCUAUAGUCUUGUGUGGGCUACUAGUGUGGGAGUGCAGACAGACGAUUUUGUGGUGGAAGCGGCCGGAGACAAGGUGUUGACGGCUAGGAAGUGGGCGUUCGACCAGUCCAGGGCGAAGAAAUGGGCCGCCCCCAAGAAGUUCACCAGAUCUUGGGAGUUGCGGGUUCGGGGCGCAUCGUGCUACUGCUCGACUUGCCGAAUGGGCUGCUACGAUGACUGCAUGGUAGCGAAGGUACCUCGGCUUGGUUGGCGAGGUGAUGGAGAAGUCGGGAAAAGAGAUGGUUCGGAGGAGCACGCUUGGGACUCAAUUGACCGGCGUUAUUCUUCCGGUCAUAUCUUCGGACGAGUCCCCAGUGGCGCCUACGCUUGACGAGAGCAUGGGGGAGGAGGAGGAGGAGGAGGGGGAGGAGGAGGGGGAGCGGGA